CCAAGAUGGCGGCGCUGGGGCGGCUGAGUCGCUCCCUGGUGCGGCCACGAUCCACGGACCCGAUCGGGCGGCGUGGGGUGCGGGCGCUGCGGAGGAGCCCGGUGAGGGUCCUGCCGCCGCAAAAGGAGCGGGAAGCGGCGGCGGCCGCCGAGCCGCAACGGAAACCCCGGGAGCCGCCACCGCCUCCUCCGCCCGCGGUGGAGCGGAACUCGGCAGGGCCGGGGCUGUGGUACGAGAAAGCGGCGCCGGGUGACCGGAGGCUGGGAAAAGUGGUGACAAUCGCCAAAUCAAAGGAUUUUCGGGAUCGCCACGGGAAGGUUCUGCUGGAAGGACAGAGGCUGAUCAAGGAUGCCCUGGAGGCAGGAGCUGCCCUGCAGACUCUUUUCUUCAGCACCGUGGGGCACCUGAAGGAGCUGCCUGAGGAGAAGCUGAAACGAGCCAACUUAGUGAAGGUGAAAUUUGAAGAUAUCAAGACCUGGUCUGACCUCAUAGCUCCUCAAGAGCUUAUAGGGAUCUUUUCCAAGCCUGACCAUGCCAAGAUGUCUUACCCUGCUGCUCAGCUCACCAGCUCCCUGCCACUGCUCCUCAUCUGUGACAACAUCCGGGACCCAGGAAACCUGGGGACUAUCCUGAGAUCUGCAGCAGGAGCAGGCUGUGAGAAAGUGCUGCUCACCAAAGGCUGUGUGGAUCCCUGGGAGCCCAAGGUGCUCCGGGCAGGCAUGGGAGCUCAUUUCCGCCUGCCCAUCCUCUCCAACCUGGACUGGGAAUCCCUUCCCAACAACUUCCCUGCUGGAAUCCAGGUCUGCGUGGCCGACAACAAAGACCCCGGCGCUCGGGCUGAGUGCGUGGCCCUGCAGAGGGCUGGCUCUGAGCCCAGCAACCCCAAGGCUGCUGUGAGAUCCCAACCCAAGGCUGCUCCUAAGUGUGAGGAUGAGGAGGGAGAGGUGAGUGCCUGCCUCCCAGAGCUGCCCACUCAGUUUUACUACGAGGACUGGACACAAACUCCAGUGGCAGUGGUGAUCGGCGGAGAGACCCAUGGGCUGAGCCUGGACGCUCUUCACCUGGCAGCCAGCACUGGGGGGAAGAGAUUGGUCAUUCCUGUGGUGCCAGGUGUGGACAGCUUAAACUCUGCUAUGGCUGCUGCCAUUGUGCUCUUUGAGGGGAAGAGACAGUGGCUGCAGAGGCACAAGCAGGAAAACAAAAGGCUGAAGUUGCCUGUAGUUGGCUGAACUGUCGAGGUUUGGGUGCUGAAGGAGAACCUCUACCCUUUGGCAUGUUGUGGAGUGAAUAAAAGAGCAGCUUGGGCUGUUUGCUUUGCAGUAA